AUGGAAGGAGGAGUGAGCGGCAGCGCAGGAGCGGCGACGGCGGGUUUAUCCACCACGGUAGCGCCCGUUACCGCAGGGCAGGUAUUCUCCAGCCGCCAUGCCGCGAAGGUCGCCGUAGCCGCUGAGCUUUCUGCCACCUGCCGUUCCAUGAAGGAUGGAAAGGGUGCCGGCAGUCGGCAAAUUCACCUGGUUUGCAAGACUUGCAUACGUUGGGUUGUUAAGGGCUGCCUACAGAAGGGGGGUGAUUUCAAGAUCACCAAGUUGGUUAGGGCCAACCCCAAGAUCGCCGGUCCCGCGAUCAAGAGGACUCUGAAGACCGCGGGGUUUACCGUCUCCGACCGGCAAUCACAACGAACGAAGAAGCGCAUCGCGAACGCGUCUAAGGAGGAUGAAGCGGGUGCCAUUUCGCGUCUUCCAUCCCUUUUCGAAAGGAUCGAGCGCGAUUGUCCGGGUUCGGUCGCCACCGUAGAGAUGAGUCCCGACAACCGGUUCGUCAGGAGCUUCUUGAUGCUGGGUAAGGCCGCCUACGUCGCCGCGCACAGUGUCCCCAAGGCGAGUGCAUCUCUUUCGUGA